AGCUUACUUCCUUGAGCUCAUACCAUACCAGUCCAAGAAAGCACAACAUGUAUUCCCCACGGGUCGGCGACCACUUGGACAGCCUGGACACCCCCUCCAUGAUCGUCGACCUCGACCUCAUGGAAGCCAAUAUCAAGAAGCUUUUUGACACUCUUCUGCCCACUGGUUUAAACAUUCGCCCACACCUGAAGACGACGAAAAGCGUCGCCCUCGCUCGCAAGCUCACCGCAGCGGGAGCGAAAGGUUGCUGCGUGGCAAAGGUGUCGGAAGCCGAGGUCGUCGCCGCCGCCGGAUUUGACGAUAUUCUGAUCACUACGGAAAUUAUUGGUCCGCAGAAGGUGAAGCGGCUGGUCGAACUCUUCCGGACACAUCCCAGCAUUCGGAUCGUGGUCGACAGUGUAGUGGGGGCCACGGCCAUUGACAAGGCGCUGGCACAGGCGGGGAUCGCAGAGCCCAUCUCCGUCCUCAUCGAUCUGGAUGUGGGACUUCAUCGCACGGGCGUGGCCAAUGCGGAAACGGCUCUGGCUCUCGCAAGCCACAUCGGCUCCCUCCGCCACUUGCGCCUGAUCGGCGUUCAGGGAUACGAGGGCCAUUUACAGCAUUUGCACAGCCGUGAGGAGCGCAAGAGCCAAUGUCUCGAGUCGAUGAGAACCCUCACGGCCACGGCGGAGCUACUCCGCAACGAAGGAUUCGACAUUCAAGUCGUCACGACCGGUGGGACGGGCACGGCUGAAUUCUGCGCCUCCGUGACUGGAGUGACUGAAUUACAGCCGGGAUCCUUCAUUUUUAUGGAUACCGACUACCGCAACGCGGUCGGAACCUUCUAUUCCAACAGCCUGACCUUGCUGUCUACCGUCAUCAGCAAGCAAGGUGACCGGCAGGUGACCAUCGACACCGGCCUGAAGUCCUUAACGACUGACAGUGGGCUGGCGGAAUGCAAGGACCCGCGGUACCAGCACCAGAACUUAGGCGAUGAGCAUGGCGCCCUGAGCUGGGAGGAGGGAACCCCAGCUUUAGACGUGGGCGACCGGGUUGAAAUGAUCCCCAGUCACAUCGAUCCAACUAUCAAUCUGCAUGACUUCUACUAUGCCCAUCGAAAAGGGGUCAUUGAGGAGAUCUGGCCCGUUGACUCGAGAGGAAAGGUUCAAUAGGGAUGCCACUUCUACGGAACUCUUCCAUGGAGUCAAUAAGACACCUAUACAUUCUUGAUGGUUCCAUAUUCUUUGUUAUAUAGUAGAGACCAACGUAGACUCUGCAACGUAAAAUGUAAGCCCCUUUGGAUGAGUGCAGUUGAUAUCCUAC